GCACCUCUUUCCUUCACUCUUCCCUCUUAACCCGUCUGUUCUGAUGCAGUUUUUUCCCCCCAACACAUUGCUUUCUUUUCUUUCUUUUUAUUCCCCGUCCUCAUCUUUUUUUUUUUUUUUUUUUUUUAAUCUGCAUCUCUUCUUUUAGCCGUGCCUGUGCUUGUUUUGUUUUCUUCACAAUGGACCUGCUAAUCUAGGUACUGAACUUUUUUUUUUUUUUUUUUUUUACUGUUUUAGCAGUGAUGUCUUUGGCUUUCGCUGGCUUCUCUCUUCAUAUGCCCUCUCACACCCACUCACACUCUUAAACACGCAUUUCCUGACUUUCUCUUGUCCAUUGUUUUAAGGGUUUUUAAAGCCUGUAGGACUUUGUUUUGACAUAAAGUAACAGAGCAGGUGCAAAUGUGUGUGUGUGUGUGUGUGUGUGUGUGUGUGUGCGUGUGUGUGUGUAUAGAAUUGUCCUGAGAGCACAUCACGUAUGCCAGUCUUUAUAAAUUUCAUUCAGAGCAUGGCUGAUCGAUUAAGCUUGCCCCAUUGCAAAGUAUGUAUUUUUCCUAAAGAAUUUGGGGUACCUGUCCUGUUGGGUUAGGAGGCUGUGUGGUGAUGGCUUUGUUGCUAGAUCGGGCCGCCCUGGGAGAAUGUGAAUAAUAUUUUAAGGAGAUGAGAUUAAAGUGAAUCCAUGGAAUUGGAGAGGAUGAAUUACACACUGUAAUAUUUGUACUCGGAGAAAGACAAAUGAAAGGACCCUGUAACCCCAGUGAGCUGGCAGCUCCAUCCCAGCCACCGGCAUGCGAGGCAAGCUGCUACCUCACCAGCUCCUGGGUGUUGGGCCAAGUCUGGCUUAUUUACCACACUUCAACCUCGUAAAUCAAUCCACAGCUUUUCACAGAAAAUAAAUUGUCUUUAGGAAAAGUUUUUUUUUUUUUUUAAUUGGAAACACUUUAUUUUUUAAAUACAAUAUUAAGGUGUUUGUCUCAACACCAAAUGUAAAAAGGACAGACAGAUGAAAAACACUAAUUGUGUAGAGUUUAGAGUGUAGAGAGAAUUUUUACUCUUAAAGCUUUUCUAUUUUAAAUAGCUGCUAGUGUUACAGAAAAAUAUAUGUAAAAUAAAAGACUGGUGGAAUCACUGACUACUAUUUUGGCUUUUACACAAUUUGAUUUUUUUGUUCACUGGUAGUGAAUGGAAACUUUUUUUUUUUUUUUGAAAAUGUAUAUUAAAUUGAGUAAUUUUAAAUUUAAUCAUGCAUUCAUUUAACUUGUCCAAAUUGUGUGUUUUUGUAACUGAACCAUGUGUGCUGCAAAACAUGUUAACGGUGCCAUAUGUAAGCAGGACAGAUUUAUUUUUUAAAUUAUUACUACAUUAUAUUUUAAAGCAGUGCAAGUGACACAGAACACUAAUAGAAAAUAAUAGUAAAUGAGUCGAGAGAGCAGGAUUCUAUUGGUAUCUACUUCUUUCCAUCAUUCAUAUAUUUUCAGGAAGUCUCAGCUUUGGGCUUUAACCAUUGCAUACUCAAAAAGCCAAUCUAGUGAACGUAUUAACUCCUUAGACGUGCAUGCAAUAAUCUCCUUUGUUUUCCUACUAAGCUGGAUUACAGAACUUCUCUACUCUCUCAGAUACACCUUAAUACAAAUUUACACAAGCAGCAGUUACUCUCCCUCAGUCAGACACAGCAGGUAUUUCUGAGAUACAUCAGCUAUCAUUAGUUCAACUUUAUUUAUUUUUUCAAUGUGCUUGUUUAAAACAAUCUGCCCCAAAAGGAAAGGCAAAACUACGGGCUUCGUUGUCCAAUUCAUUAGGGCGAUUACUCAGUCCACUGGCCACUUUGGACCCCUCUCAUUUCUGGCUGCUGAAUAGAAUGGCCGCUGAUGACCGGCACCUGCCCUCCAGUUGUGGGUCCUACAUCAAGACGGAGCCGUCCAGCCCUUCCUCUGUCAUCGACACGGUCAGCCACCACAGCCCCAGCGGCAACUCGGAUGCCAGUGGUGGCUAUGUCAGCGCCAUGAACAGCCACUCCAACGGCCUAGACUCUCCACCUAUGUUCACCCCCGGUGGGCUCGGGGCCGGCACCUGCCGCAAACGCUAUGACGAUUGCUCCAGCACCAUCAUGGAGGACUCGCCCAUAAAGUGCGAAUACAUGUUGAACUCCAUCCCCAAGAGGCUGUGCCUGGUCUGUGGAGAUAUAGCCUCGGGGUAUCACUAUGGCGUGGCCUCCUGUGAGGCCUGCAAAGCCUUUUUUAAAAGGACAAUACAAGGCAACAUAGAAUACAGCUGUCCCGCCACAAACGAGUGUGAGAUCACAAAACGGAGACGCAAAUCCUGUCAAGCUUGUCGCUUCAUGAAAUGCCUCAAAGUGGGGAUGCUCAAAGAAGGCGUGCGUCUGGACCGCGUGCGAGGGGGCAGACAGAAGUACAAGAGGAGGUUGGACGCAGAAAACGCCCCGUACCUGGGCUUGACGCUCCCCCCUCCCACCAAAAAGCCUCGUGAGUACCGCUCCUCCGUCACUAGCCCAUUGUCUCGCUCCUCUGUCGCCCCUCCUGUGCCAGGCCAGCAAGCAGUCACAAAGAUAGUGUCUCACCUGUUGGUGGCAGAGCCGGAGAAGAUCUAUGCCAUGCCUGACCCCACCAUGCCGGAGAGCGACAUCAAGGCGCUGACCACGCUGUGCGACCUGGCUGACCGCGAGCUGGUGGUCAUCAUCGGCUGGGCCAAGCAUAUCCCAGGCUUCUCCACUCUGUCUCUGGGAGACCAGAUGAGUCUACUGCAGAGCGCCUGGAUGGAGAUCCUCAUCCUCAGCAUCGUGUUCCGCUCACUGCCGUACGAAGACGAGCUGGUGUACGCCGAGGACUACAUCAUGGACGAGGAGCACUCGCGGCUGACGGGCCUGCUCGACCUCUACGUCUCCAUCCUGCAGCUGGUCCGCAAAUACAAGAAGCUCAAGGUGGAGAAGGAGGAGUUUGUCACCCUCAAGGCCAUCGCUCUCGCCAACUCAGACUCCAUGCACAUAGAGGACAUGGAGGCGGUGCAGAAGCUUCAGGACGCUCUCCACGAGGCCCUGCAAGACUACGAGAGCAGCCAGCAUCAGGAGGACCCACGGCGAGCAGGGAAGCUGCUCAUGACCCUGCCCCUGCUGAGGCAGACGGCCACCAAGGCUGUGCAGCACUUUUACAGCAUCAAGGUGCAGGGCAAGGUGCCCAUGCACAAACUUUUCCUGGAGAUGCUGGAGGCCAAGGUCUGAUUGGAGGGAGGCGAGUUGCCCCGGCAUCGGCCACGGCAACAGCGGAGGGCCGCGUUAGCGAUGCAGAGAGUGACUUGAACCAAGGCUGCGGGUGCUCGGGAGAGGGAGACGCCCACUGACUGUGCUAGGCUGGACAGAGACCAACCUCUCUCGCUCCUCCUCCUGGAACCCUGGAACACUAUCUAAAAAAGAACAAAUGCAAAACUUGGUUAUUAGUAUAAAUAUAAAAUGAUGCAGAUUAAUUUAAAAUAUAUAAGAAAUAUUAUGUACAGUAAUAAUUUUUUUGUUUUUUGUUUAUGGUCUGUGGUCAUGCUGUAUAUGAAGAAGGACCCUUCUGCCCCUAAAUAUCUUCAGAAUAAGUAGUUGCCAGUUCUUGAUUAACAAGAUAAUGGGGUUUCUUUUUUCUCAGAAAACUAAACUUCCUAAUAUUUGUUCUGAAGAAAACAGAAGUGUCAACAACCACAAACAGACUCACUUGUCUCACAAUUGUGUUUUUGCCUGGACUUGACCAGGACAUGUAUAUAUUUAUUAUUGGAAGACUGAGUGUACAGUUCAAAGUCUGGUGAACUCGGUGGCCAUUUUCUCUUGUUCUCCUCUUGGAAAAAAAAAGAACUAAAACUGUUACCUAAAUGUGAACUCUGUCGAUCUAAAUGUCCUUGAAUAUACCUCUCCAGAGCUGUGAGCUGUGUGAUCUGUGUGGCUCUGUCUCAGACAGGAACACUUACUGGUCCCAUGUUUAACCAAACUAGCAUAGGCAGGUACAAUAGUCAGUCGUCUUAUUCUGUAGUAACUCAGCAAUAAAGGGGAGCUGUGGGAAAGCCAUGCUUAACCUCCUAUCCUUCAUGUGCUUUUCGAUGCUGCUGUUGCUAGAGGACCAUGCCUUCUCAUACGUGUGUAUCUCAGUCCCACCGGCGGGACACACCGCUGCGCCACGGUUGCACAGUAGUACUUGUUUUCUUUUGUGUGAGUCGGUUCACAAAACUCCUUGAACCCCAAAAUUGGUCAUUGUUUAUGCCCAUGGAAAUCGCCCCUCGGCAUGCAAGUGGAUGAUCUGAUUUGGGCUAGGUGAAAGAUGAUCAGUGGGUUCGGGGCUGCAGUAUCAAAGGAUUUAUGCCGAGUGGCAGGAGUCCAGGAGAUUCCAUGUUCAAACAAUCAGAGGCCCAUAUGUCAACCGCUCUAUUUUGGGUCCCUUUAAGCCUGCGGCAGUCAUCCCACACACAGGGAGCAAGGUGCCCAGCAUCUGCUCUCACCAUUUUAGACGCCUCCCGUCUUUUAAUAGCUGUGCCUGCAUUUAUAGAGCUUCAACCAAACAGAGGUAAAUGGCAGGUGCAGGGCUGAAGUGGUGGCACUUCACACUGGGUUUAUUUUUAACCCAGCAGGAGGUUGUUGUCUGCGCGGCCUCCCUCCAGGAGUACAGUAGACACGUGGAACACUUCUUGACCUCAUGUUGACACGGUGGCCAGUGCACAGUAACACCCUUCCUACUGGCCAGCAGGCAGGCGGGCAGGCAGGCGGGCAUCUGUAAGGACAGCUAAAGACCCCCAAGCGUGCACCAUGUGAAUAGCUAUGCAAGCAACAAAGUGUCAGAGUGCUCCAAAGGGUAACAGCAACCCAACGGUGUGUCGGUGCCAGGUGUUAUCUCUGGUGGGAGAGUGAGAUCUCAUGCUCCCUUCUCCCUGUGUUUAGCUCGAUGUCCAUGAUGCUGGAUAGGAUUAGUGCCAUAGUCCAGUCCAGCAGAGCCGUGCCACUCGUCUCCAUGUGAGAGAGAAUGUGUCGAGGUGAAUGCUUAUACUACUGAAGGAAUUUAUGUGAUGUGAUAAAUUGUGGCGCUGUCACAACAAUAUGAUACUGUGAUCAAAGGAAUCCCUGACAUUGCAAAGGGGUAGAGUUGCCGCCAUGCUUGCGAUAUCAUUGGCCAGCAUUAAUCCAAUGGCUGGCACGCUUUUUUUUUUUUUUUUUUCUCCCUUACAGCAGCCUGGUUGGCCACUCGAUGAGGGCUGACUACACACCCCAGCACCUAAUCAUCUCAACUUGAACUAGCGGCUGUCCAGUUAACAAGCUCCAAUGUAGAGGGUGACAAUAUAACUUGAGUUAUUUUACUGUUGUGCAAUACAACAGGGACCAAUUCUGACUGAAACCAUGCUAAAAGCAUGCUUUUACUUAGAUUUGGGAGAAUUUGUAUGCCAUUAAGUAACAUUCUAAAUCACUCUAAUAAAAACAAAUGUAUCCCGUAUAUCAGAAGAAUAUAUUUGUUUUACACAAUUGUCAAAAACAACUUUGUUUCAAUAAUAAAAAAAAAAUGCAGUACAAAUGAGAACUUUUGCAAAAAAAAUCUUUACAACUAGUAUUUUGUAGAGGCCCAAGAUGAUCAGCCAUAAGAAUUCAUAACGCUGGCAAUCCGUUCAUCUCCCUUUAAGAUUUUUAUUUGCAACAUGGCACUGUGUAGAGUAAAAAAAACAUGUCUUACAUUACAAGCUGUGUCUAAAUGUGUAAAUAUAUCAGCGUCAAUACAGUAGGUUGCCGAAAUACCAUUGAAAAUGAAGUAUGCAGCGCCCUGCUGACUACUACCUCAUUAUCAUAAUGUCAAUAUUUCUCUAAUGCAACAUGUUCUCCUCUUUGUCAUCCUCACCACGACUGUAACCUACCUGAGCCAUCCAUGUUUUUAUCAAAGAACUGCUGUUUCUCUCCCUCAGCGCUCCUGCCAAGACAUUUGUAAUUGUAGUUAACAGUCUCUUCUCUUCCCGUCCACCCCUCAUAGAUCUGUUUGUAAGGUAAAGCAUGCUUCAAGUUGACCUCAUGACUUGGCCAUUAGUGGGCGUGACCCCCAUUUUGGUUACUAAGCGGGUAUGUGUUUUUAUGAACAUCAGUGUGUCAGAAUUGGUCCCUUGAUGAUAAAUUGCAGACAGAGGCAGGAAAAUGACCUCCUGCCUCUGUGAUCUGAGUAUUUAUGGUGUGAAUUAUAUCAUUUGGCAAUGGUGUACAUUGAUAUCUCUGAUCGUUGAAUCACCAAUAUCUGUGUAACUUUUAUGUUUUGAUUUUCAAAAAGGUAAAGAAACGAUGAAUUAAAUAUUCCCUGAACUCUGUGA